AUGGCGGCCAUGGAUGAGGAAGUGAGCACAAUGCGCGAGCCAUGCCCCUGGCGUAUUCUUGAUGAUUGCGGUGGCGCUUUUGCCAUGGGUUGCAUUGGUGGCUCCGUCUGGCAUGGCGUCAAGGGCUACAGAUCAGCACCCAUGGGCCUGAAGUACAGGGAGUGCAUCAACGCCAUCAAGCUGCGUGCACCAACCGUUGGUGGCAACUUUGGUAUUUGGGGCGCCAUGUUCUCGUCGUUUGAUUGCUCGUUUGCCGCGCUUCGUGGAAAGGAUGAUCCGUGGAACGCCAUUGCCUCUGGCUUCGUCACCAGCGGUGUUCUUGCCGCCCGCUUUGGUGCCUCGACUGCGCUCAAGUCUGCUGUCGGCGGCGGUGUUAUUCUUGCGUGUAUUGAGGGCCUGACGGUGGCCAUCAACAACUGGCAGACACAGCAGAUGAAGCCGCAAAGACCGCAGAUCAUGGAUGACCCGCUUGGUCCCGCGCCAGCACGGAGUUAA